AUGCGAUGCGCGAGCAAGGCCGCCGAGAGCGCGUCCGCACGUCUUUGUGAGGACGCUGAAGCAGAAACCACAGCAACUGAUGUCUCAUCGGUUGCUGAAGCGACUCAGCCUGUGUCACCUGGUGAUGCAGGCGCUCGUCAUGAAGACACUCGUGUCUUCACAGAGUAUGAGCUCGGUGUAUCAUACUCUCCUGAUACGGAAGAUGGAUCUGUACCAACGGCGAUCGAAUCCAAGCCGCCUGCCAAGCGUGGCAUGGAUGAUGCUAUGAGUCGUAGCAUCUUUGGUUCAUCUGACGAAUCAGAUGACCAUCGCCGAAGCGAAGGCACUCGAGGUCGCGAGACUCGGGCGCUAACAGUGGUGUCGGUUCUCCAAUGGACACCACUUCGCAACAAGAAGGCAUGGAUGCCUCCUAAAUCUGUCAUGGAUCACUUGUCGGCGACGACGAGUGAUCGUUAUCGAACACGAUUGUUCGAUUCGUCAAGGAUCCAUCACCUUGACCCCAGUGCGAAAAACUGUCGCGCUGAACAUGAAUUCUUCAUCGAUGCUUUCUUUAAACAUCGAUGGUACAGUGGGAAUCACAAACGUGAUGGUCCCUCACUGCUUCAAGCGUGGAACGCUUACAUCCACAACCUUGAGGAUGUAGGUCGUGACGUUUGGAACGACAAACUCAUCAAAGCUCGUGAUAAAUUUAAGAAGAGAACCCCGACAGGUGCACGCUACAAGCUGCAUCGUCUGUCAAGGGAGAAAGGAUUACCCUGCCUCUCCUGGGGAGACUCGUGCCCAUGUUGUGUGAACAACUCUGCACGAGCACCUAAGGAGGAUUACCUCCCUAACAGCCCGUGGUGGCGCGUACGUAUCUCUAGUGAGAUGUACGAAGGGAUUGACAACCUGAAAUCCCUUUAUGACCGUGCCGGGAAGACUUUAUCCGGCGGUCCUUCUGCAGCACAGGAUGUGCCGCGUCGUACUGCUCAACCAGACCCAGUACGUCGAUCAUCAGUUGGGAGCGGGGAUCCCAAGAAUCCCAGGAUGGGGGAUAGCCGCGCCACCGGACGAGAUAAAUCGUCCGACGUCCGUUUACGUCGCGGUGGUACAACAGCUGCUCAACUAGAUAGCGCUGGCCACCGCGAGAGUCCUAUAAUGGAGGUGGAGGUGGAGGAAAGACGCUCUCCAUACGAUCAUGUGGGGAAGCGUGUGUUCCCAAGAGCUUCUUUGAUCGCGUAA